AUGCCUCCUAUCAGGAACACAGUGACUGGAUUGAAGGGCAAGGGCCCUCCUGGAGUGAGGCCUGCUCCUGCUGUGGUUCCUCCCCCUGCUCCUGCUCCUGAGCCUCCUGUCUCUGGGGCUCCUGAGGGUGAGAAUCCUGCCAAUGCCCCUGGAGAGACUGAGAAGCCUCCGAGGAAGCUCUCGAAGGUGGAGAAGGAGAUGGCAUUCAAGAAGGAGGACAACAAGAAGAACAAAUGGGUAAAGCUCAAGGAGAAGAAGCAGAGGAAAAUAGACAACAAGAUAUACAGGGAGUUUGAGUUGGAGAAUGGUAUGGAGGAGGGUGCAGCUCAGAGCUCUAAAUAG